AUGACGGCUGCAGCAGCAGGAUGGGGGGCACCCCCUGAGCCCCCGAGCUGUGGGCUGAUCUCUGUGCUGCUCCUGGCCCUGCUGGGGCUCCUGGGCAUUCCUGCGGCUCACGGUGACUGCGGGCCCCCGCCUGCCAUGACCCACUCCAGCCCCUCCAGCAGCUCCAGCAGCUUCCCGGUGGGAUCCAGGGUGACCUUCAGCUGCUCGGGGGGAGCCCGCAGGAUCCCGGGCAUGCCCGACACCGUGGAGUGCCUGCCCGGCGACAUCUGGUCCAGGCUGGCCGAGCCCUGCGGCCGGAGCUGUGCUGCCCCAACCAGGCUGAGGUUUGCUGCCCUGUCCAAGGAGGAUGAGAGGAGGAAUUUCUUCCCUGUUGGCGCCAACGUCAGCUACGUCUGCCGGCCCGGCUACGAGAACUCCUCGCAGAUUUCCCCCUCCAGCACCUGCCUGGAGAACCUGACGUGGUCACAGCCUGCUGAGCUGUGCAGGAGGAGGUCCUGUGGCACCCCAGGAGCUCUGCCUGGAGGGAGGAUGGGGCCCCUCGGGGACCUGCAGCUGGGAGCACGGGUGGAAGUGUCCUGUGAGGAUAGGUACAAAUUAGUCGGGAAUAAUUUCAUCUGGUGCCAGCUGAAAGGAAAUGAUGUUGAAUGGAGCAAACUUCCGACUUGUGAAUUAAUUACCUGCCCUCCACCUCCUCCAAUCAGCCACGGGAGACACAAUGGGGAAGGCGUUGAGAUUUUUGCUUAUAACUCCACGGUGACCUACAGCUGUGAGCCCAGCUUCCAGCUGGUGGGGAAUGGGAGCAUCCAGUGUGGGAGCAGGGACAAAACCAGCGGGGUCUGGAGUGCAGCCACACCCGAGUGCAAAGAGAAAAGCUCAGCUGUCAGACUUGGAGCAAAAGACACGGAGAGCAGAGCUCCUCCCAAAAGUGCCCAGGGAAAUGGAGCCCAGCCCUCUCAGAAGGGUCUCCUGUGGGAGAGGAAGCUCAGCCUCUAUAAAAAGGCCCUGCAAAACACCAUCCAACCCUCCCAGUCCUCCUCUUUCUUCAGGAAACCAGUGAGCAGGAACUGGGCUGCCUCAGGGUUCACAUUUGUUCUGCCUUUGUACAAAUCCCCAAAAUCCUAUUCUGGGCCCAGCAAAGGAUCCAUGUGUCCUCCGAAGUACAUGGGGUUCUUUCCCCCACCUGGCUGCUUGCAGAAGUUAAAACGGCCCAAAUUUCCAUCAUUUUGUGGAAGGAGCUCAUGCACAGCCAGGAGAAGCUGGACGUGGUGGAAGUCCUGGUCCUCCAGAUUCCCCACCCGCUGCAGAGGAUAAUUUCAUCCAUGAAAAGGGAGAAUUUUGGCUUCGUGGGAAGUGCUGGGAGCUGUCAUUGUGUCACUGUGAGAGGAGAAGACACAACACCAGCUGGAGGAUCUCAGUACCCAACCGAGGGAUGGUGAAAAUUGUUCCUCUGGUGUCAGGAUCAAGCUGAGCUUGCCUAUCUCAGAGUUUUGUCUUUUGGGUCAAGACCAGAAAAUCUUUUACCAUUCCUGACCUGUUCCAAAAGUGCCCCAUGCAAUGGUCACACUUAUUAGGACUCCUUCUCCUUGCUUUAAGGUAAAGGAUGACCUAAAUCAGCGUGGUCCCACCUAGUAAUUUUUUAUUGAUGAUGUUUUAGCAUUCCAAGAAAUCGAUGGAAAAUUAUUCCUAAAAGCAUUUAUUGGCUGAUUUCCAUAUUUGUUCCUCCCAUCCGAGUUUUCCUUUCAGUGAUUGCCUCCCAGCACCCCGAUCCAGCUGCGAUUCCUGCUGGCCCCACCAGGGUUUCAGAGAAAACCCCGGAGUUGCUGCAGAGUUCCCCGAGCCCGGCUCUGUCCCGCCCAGCCUGACUCGGUGUUUCCAGGCCCGCAGGGUUUUCUGCUCACUGGCAACACCACAACAAACCCCAAACACAGCCCCGACCCCCCUGGGGAGGGAGCUGCUCCCCGAACUCCCCAGGAAUUCCUGGCUGCAGCUGAUCCAGAUGUGGAUCCAGCUGCCAGCAGGGAAAAGCAAAGCAAGGGCUUCCCUGUCCUGCUGAGUUUUAGCUCUUGUAUUUAUUUUAGGAAACCACGGUACUUGGGAUAUUACACUGUUUAUAUCUUGAGUGGUUUAAGCCCUUUCUUUAGCAAAAGCUUGUUCAUGUAUCGGCCCAAAGUUCCUUGCACUUUUCAUUUCUACCACAGGAAGAUAAAGCCACCUGUGGGCCGGGUAUCUCUGAUCUCAUAAGGCAAAGGAGCCACUUCUGCUUUCCAGAGGGAGGGACCCAGCUCAGUCCCACUGUGACCACAUCAAUGAGGCACAGACACAGAAAUACAACUCCUAAAUAACCUCCCCAGGGCUGCCACCCUGCAACAGAGGGACUGGAAAACUUGUGUGUGUUCUUUAGGCUGCCUACCCCAAUUUUGUCCUGUAAAGACCUAAAACCCGCAAAGCC